UAGCACGUCACGUGACACGAGCUAAAGCAGGAAGUACCGGACCGUCUCUCGCUAGCAAAACAACUGCCGUGAAAAAGCAGUGACAGAGCGAGAGAGAAAAAAAAAAACAAUGGUUCCCGGACAAACUCUGCUCAAUUCCAAGUAGAACCGUGUCUCCGAACCUUCUAAAGAUGGACCGAGUUGUGGCAUUUGUAUUAUUCUCGUGCUGCUUUUUCGCAUCCCAGAUAAAUUGUCAAGAGGCCAUCUUGCAUGUCUCCAGUGAAACAGAAUAUAGGGAGUACUGCAUCGUUCACAACUACUCCUGGACUCCUCUUUCACAGAAACUCAAUAAUGCUACAUCGUACCCACUUGUGGAUUUGACCUCCUUUCUGCUGUGUAACGAGUCAGGCGUCAGCCCCGAUGCGGUCAAAGACAGAGCAGUGGUCGUGAUGAGGGGGGACUGUGAUUUCAGCCAAAAAGCUAUCACUGCAAUGAAACUGGGAGCUAAAGCCUUGCUUAUUGCCAGCAAUACGACGCUGGUCACUCCAUCAGCCAAUGAUUCAAUGUAUGCAAAAGUCAAAAUUCCCCUGGCUCUCAUGAGGCUCAGAGACAUCAUGGAAGCACGGAAGCUUUUUAAAGAUGGGAUGGAGGCGAAGCUGUAUUCUCCACCUUAUUCAAGGAUUGAUCCGAGCAUCAUCGUCAUCCUCUUGAUUGCUGUUAUAACAGUGAUCUUAGGCGGCUACUGGAGCGGGGCGUGUGAACAGAAUAACUUAAAUAACAGUGCAAGAGGAGGAGGUGGGGGUGAAAGUAAGGCUGACAGCGGGGAGCUCUUCCUGUACUCUCCUCUCAAAGUGGUGAUCUUCGUCGGCCUGAUGUGUGGGAUGCUGGUCCUCAUGUACUACUUCUACAGCGUGCUCGUUUACGUCAUUAUUGCCAUCUUCUGCCUGGCGUCAGCCUCUGCGCUCUUCAGCUGUUUUGAUGCAGUGCUGGACAAAAUCGGCUGUGGGACCUUCAACUUCACUGUCAAAAACAGGAGCUUCUCGGUGCGAUCAAUUCUCCUGGCUGCAGUUUGCAUUACCAUCGCUGUGAUUUGGGGAGUGUACAGAAAUGAAGAAAGAUGGAUCUGGAUCCUGCAGGACAUUCUUGGAAUUGCUUUCUGCCUCAACUUUUUGAAGACCAUUUCACUGUCCAAUUUCAAGAUCUGUGUGAUUCUGCUGAGUCUGCUGCUGGUGUAUGACGUCUUCUUUGUCUUCAUCACUCCAUUCUUUACUAAGAAUGGAGUUAGCAUAAUGGUGCAGGUAGCUCUGGGUCCGGAUGCAUCAGGAGGAAAGGCUCACGGUAGCGGGUUGGAGAUCCCUGCUGAACCCCAGGCUCCUUCUGAGAAACUUCCAGUGGUGAUGCGUGUCCCGUGGUUCUCAGCUUGGGCUCAAAAUCUGUGCUGGAUGCAGUUCUCCAUUCUUGGUUAUGGAGACAUCAUUGUCCCAGGUCUCCUGGUGGCUUACUGCAGCAGGUUUGAUGUUUGGGUUGGCAGCAGCAAAAAGAUCUACUUCAUCAGCAGCUGCGCAGCCUACAUGCUGGGAUUGAUGGUUACAUUUGCCGUGAUGCUUCUGUCGGGGAUGGGCCAGCCCGCUCUCCUCUACUUAGUGCCUUUUACCCUGAUAACCUCGGCUAUAGUGGCAGGAUGCAGGGGGGAGAUGAAGCAAUUCUGGACAGGAACCCCCUACGAGGUUAUGGAUUCCUCCAGGGAACCUUUGCUGCCAGAGAGAAGAACUGGACAAUGUGUAGAAGGUGAAAACUGCUGAGUUGCAGCUGAAACCGGAGCCUGCCACCGAUACUUUUUCUUCCUCCCUUCAAUUUUACAUUUAGGAAGCAAGGGAACACAACUUUCUGACCGUGUCGACAUAUUCCGAUGUGAUUAAUACAAAUAAGCAAAAUCUUCUGUUUUGCCUUUAAAUAAAUGAGUUUUGCUGUUGAAAAUGAGGGUUAUUCAUAACUGAAACAUUUUUAGUGCCUGAUAUGUCUAUAAAGGCAAUUUUCAUAAAACUACAGACAUAUUUGUUGAUCAAAAUAAGAGUGCACUUUAUAAUAUUCUGCUUGUUUGAUUAGAUUUAGUGUGGGAUUUAAAUGACUGGCGCAUACAGUAUGUCACAUUUUGAUACAGUUUUGUGUCUGUGUAACCAGUUUGUACGAUGUGACUUCUUUCAUUGCCUUAUAAUAAAAACAGAACAUUGUUUUAA